AGCGACCUUAAAUGCAGGUAAUGACGGAAUACAGGGAGUUACACAGAAAGCAACUCGUACACAUCAAGUGACGCUGGAAAUUAGAAGAGACAAGGCACAUAUAUUGUGUGUGUGUGUGUAUAUAUAUAUAUAUAUAUAUAUACAUUUUUAUAUAUAAACAAGAAAUCAAUAUAUUAAUUAAGAAAAGGAGAAUAUUUAACAAGGAGCAGAAUGGGAAACUGGAUUGCUAAUCAUUGGUUUUCUGUUGUGGUUCUGGGUGCCUGGUUGGGACUGAAUAUCUUCUUAUUUGUUUAUUUCUUCAUGAUAUAUGAAAAGGGGCAACAGUAUGCCUAUACAAGAGAACUUCUUGGGUCGGCUCUUGCCUGGGCUCGUGGCUCUGCUGCUUGCCUCAACUUCAACUGUCUAUUAAUUCUGUUACCUGUUUGCCGAAACCUUCUUUCAUUUUUACGAGGGACAUGCUCGUGUUGCAGGCGCUCCAUGAAGAAACAACUUGAUAAUAAUUUGGCCUUCCAUAAACUCCUUGGAUAUACAAUUGCUUUAAUGACAGCUAUUCACACAAUCGCACACUUAUUUAAUAUUGAACGAUACUACAACGGGGCACAGGAUGGCAAAGCUACACUGAAAGGAAUGUUAUCAAGCAUAGGUGAUGAAGAGGAUGACUGGUUGAACCCUAUUCGUUCUAAGGAACAGACACCAUCUUAUGUGGCUUUUACAACAAUUGCGGGUGUAACUGGAGUGGUGAUCACCUUGGCUCUAAUCAUUAUGAUCACUUCAUCCACUGAGUUCAUUCGAAGAUGCUACUUUGAGGUUUUCUGGUAUACACACCACUUGUUCAUCAUCUUUUUUGCGGGUCUUCUGAUUCAUGGAGUUGGUCGGAUUGUGCGGGGCCAGACGCUUGACAGUAUGGAGCACCAUAAUUAUUCUGAUUGUUACAACAAAUUUUCUGAAUGGAAGAAAGUUGCUGGUGAUGAUGACGAUGACGAUGACGAUAGUGAUACGAACAAAUGUCCAAUGCCAGCUUUCCAAGGCAAUGAGCCUAUGACUUGGAAAUGGAUUCUAGCACCAAUCAUUCUAUAUAUUUUUGAAAGGAUCCUGAGGUUCUAUCGUUCACAGCAAAGAGUUGUUGUGAUAAAGGCUGUUAGCCAUCCCUCCAAAGUCCUUGAAAUCCAGAUGCAAAAACGAGGAUUCAAAAUGGAGGUAGGGCAAUACAUAUUCAUUAACUGCCCAUCCAUUUCUGCUCUGGAGUGGCAUCCCUUCACACUCACCUCUGCACCAGAAGAAGAUUUUUUUUCAGUGCAUGUCCGCUCUGCAGGUGACUGGACUGAAAAACUCAUCCAGGUCUUUCAGGAGCAAGCAAAUCACCCACCACGGCUUGAAGUGGAUGGUCCUUUUGGAACAGCAAGUGAGGAUGUCUUUCAGUAUGAGGUCAGCAUGCUGGUUGGAGCUGGAAUUGGAGUCACUCCCUUUGCAUCAAUCUUGAAAUCCAUUUGGUACAAAUUUCAAAAUGAGGAUCAGCGCUUAAAAACAAAGAAGAUUUAUUUCUAUUGGAUCUGUAGGGAGACAGGAGCCUUUGCCUGGUUUGCUGAUCUUCUGCGUUCUCUUGAACAAGAGAUGGUUUCCUCCGGAAAGGACGGAUUUCUUAACUACCGACUCUUCCUCACCAGCUGGGAUAGUAACAUUGCUGGACAUGCUAUCAUUAAUUUUGAUCGGCCAACAGAUGCAGUGACAGGAUUGAAACAGAAAACAAGUUAUGGACGACCAGUGUGGGACAACGAAUUUUCCAACGUUUCAGAAGCCCACCCAAGAUCCACAGUAGGGGUGUUCCUUUGUGGCCCUCAAGCACUGGCAACGAAUCUGCAACAAUGUUGUCACCAGUUCUCUAGCUUGGACCCAAGAAAAGUACAAUUCUAUUUUAAUAAGGAAAACUUCUGAGCUGCAAUGAUAUUACAAAUGGACAAAUAAAGGACUACUGUGCCACAGGAGCUUGAAACAUGGAAACAUACGUACCAUAUGUGAAACUUUAGAUGGGGUCUAAUACAUUAAAACCAUUGUUUAACCAGAAUACGACAUUAGAUAAACAACCUACAAUAUGAUAAAUGACUCAUCAUAACGCUGCCAGACCCCUUGCUUUGCAUGCCAAACGUUGCACAGGCUAAGUUGGACUCACUUGUCAGGACUCACCCUGUGCCCCCAGGAACUGACUUGUGGAACUGAUUACUGGUGCUCUCAAUUCUGCCUCUUCCCUUUUGAUGAAGAGGGUUAAACACAGUAUUGGGUUGGAGACUGGAUUAAGCCAAUUCAGGAAACAGAGGAAUGCAAAUACAAAAAAAUGAUUGUGUAGAAAUGUUUAUGUGGAUAAUCCAAUUUCCUUUCCUUCAACCCCAUUGAACCCAUUGUUAUUGGAUGUUAUUUUUAAUUCGCUAGAUGAGAUUUAAAAAAAAAUCAUUGCAUGAAUACAUUGAUUUUUAAAUGAGACUAACUUCCAUGAACAUGGUCAGUUCCACUGAUUAUUAUAUAAUGCAUUAGGAGGUCAGUCACAUUUACAUUUUUUUGUGCACACGUAAACACUUGUGGGUAGUAUAUUGAUAACACUGUAGACUCUAACAAGAUUACUUGCAUACUUUUGUUUGGUAAAGCAAAUUAU